GUUGGCUACCCCACGCCCAUCUUUUGUUAUAUACGUCAGAUAAGUUUCCAUAACAACGGAAUACACGGAAGUUGGAGGGCAAACAGAGCUGCUAAGCGCUGAAGAACGCAACCGAGGGGCAAGGACUGAAUAGCGUCCCGUCUUAUCACAAGUGGUACUGGAACAAGAUAGAGCAGACGCACAACCACGGCAACCUCCUGAAGAUAACGCCUGGUGCUCCAUAAUAGAGGGGGAAAGACAACUUCAGACAUGGCCAUGGAAGUUCUUUCAGUGCCGCUGAGGCUUUCACUACCUCAGCCUACAGAAAGCCAAAGCAGGACAACCAGCAGCCAAUCAAAGACAGACCAAAGUAAGGUACAGAUUAAAAUAAAGAUGUUAGAGCCAGGGCGCAAGAAGUUGACAUCAAUUGAGACUCAAAGAGUAGUAUCUGUGUUGGAUGAAACAAUCAAAAAGCUUGAGCUAGUCAGCAUGUUCCAACAUGCUGUUGAUAAUUUGGAACGUUACAAAGUAGUACUGGGUUCAGAGCUGGUGGGUGCCCUGCGAGAGCAUCAAAGAUUGCAAGACAACAUGGACAUACAGCUCAGACGUUUGCACAGUAAAAAGUCCAAAGAAGGGGAAGAAGAGUAUUCCAUAGUGGAGCAUAAAGACACUAUGGAACAAUCAAAUGUUAACAUUGGAAGGAUUCGCCAAGGUAUUCAGAGCUCUGUAAAGAAUACAUUAAGGUUAUUUCUUAACAACCCCCCUGCAAGCAAAGCCCUCAGAGCAGAAGGCCAACUACGGGAUCCUGCCUACCAGGAACUGAUCCAAACAAUGUCUGAGCUACGAGGGUUCCUGUUUGAAUUACUACUGACCAGCCCAUUAGAGCAAACUGAAAAAAUGCGUUACCUGCAGGAUAUUACACUUCGUGACAAAAAAAAUAAGGACAUUUUGUCAACUUUGGAAGAAGAACUAAAGGCUGUUGUCCUUGACCGAGACACUGAGAUUUCCAAAAAAAAUGAGAUAAUCCGGCACCUUAAGGUUAGUCUUCACCAGCUUGAGAAACUGUCUGAGAAUCAAGUUAAGCGCAUAAUGCAGGAAGCAGAAACGCAACAAAAGUCUGACUGGCGGGCCUCUGAGGGCAAGUGUUCCAAGAUACAGCAGGAACUCCAGCAGCUGAGAUCACAGCUCAGCGUCAACAUCUCUGAGAACCGGGAAAUAGAGCUUUUCAUGAGGAAGAAAAAAUAUAAGAUUGAAACAGAGAUAGAGAAUUGGAUACAGAAAUAUGAUGCGGAUAUGGGUGAAAAGCAGGAUGAGUUGGAGGAGCUGGAGGCAGAAUACACCCUAGAGAAGGCUCAGCUGGCAGAAGUGCAGGAGAAGUUGGCUGUAAUGGAGGAAGAGUAUACCCAAAUAAUGGAAGAAAGGCGUUUAGCAAAGUUGCGGAUGGAGGAGGAGGAAAGGGAACUGGCCAACAAGAAUCGGGCUGCCACACUGAUCCAAGCACACUGGAAAGGGUACCUGGUUCGUCAGUCAAUGAAAUCUAAGAAGAAAAAGAAGAAGGGAAAAGGGAAAGGAAAAGGCAAAAAGGGGAAGAAAUAGGUUAUUAGCAAAGACCAUCCAAAACACUGGGCCACCAUGUCCUUUAGAAAAUAUACUUCCGUUAAAUGAAUAGUUCACUUUUUUAAAACUGUAUCUUUGAACCUCUUUCAAAGUUCUUUCUUUUAAAAUACAUUGAUUGAUUGGAGAAAAAUUAAAACCAAUUGCAAAUUG